AUGUUGAAGAUGCAAUUGAGUUCUGUCAGGUACUUAGCUACCAUAGCUAAAAACUCAACCCCCAAAUUGACCGAUGUCCUCAUUGUAGGUGGUGGUCCUGCUGGUCUUACGCUUGCUGCAGCAAUCAAGAAUUCUCCAACUUUAGCCGGUCUUUCAACUACGUUAGUAGACGCUGGGGAUUUGAAGAAAGUUGGGGAAUUUCACGACCAACCACCAGAGCAUUUCACCAAUAGAGUCGUUAGUAUAACUCCAAAGUCUCUGCAUUUCAUUGCCGAAAGGGCUGGUGCUGGUGAUUUCUUACUAAGGGACAGAAUCCAACCUUAUGAUGGUUUAUAUGUCACCGAUGGUGUCACCAAGUCUUUGCUCGAUUUGGAAAAGCCCUCUAUGUUGGAAAUGAUUGAAAUCUUGAACAUCCAAUCAAGUUUACUCAAGAAAUUAUCGCAGUAUGAUGAAGUACUUGAUGGAUUUAAGCUUGUGGAAAAAUCUAAAGUCACUAAGAUUGAAAACACCGAUCCUAAAGACCCAACUUCAUGGCCAUUAGUUACUCUUGAUAAUGGUGAUGUUUACAAAACCAGAUUACUAGUCGGUGCUGACGGAUUCCAAUCACCAGUAAGAAAAUUUGCAAAUAUUGAAACUCGUGGGUGGUUCUAUGGUACUUUUGGUGUUGUUGCUACAAUGAAACUACAAUACGACACAUAUAAGCUAAGGGGCUGGCAAAGAUUUCUACCAGAUGGUCCAAUCGCUCAUUUACCAUUACCAGGUGAAAAUGCAACUCUUGUGUGGACUACAACUGAAAGAAUUUCAAAGUUGCUAUUGACAUUGGAUCCAAAGGCAUUUGCCUCCUUGGUCAAUGCCGCUUUUGUUCUUGACAACACCGACUUACAAUAUUAUUUUGAUGAGUUGGAAGCCGGAAAGAUUUCAACAAAUGAACUCAUUGAGGAUGUUAAAUUCAGAAUGGACCAAGAAUUUUCAAAACUAAGCGAUGAAACUAUGAUAGACGAACUCUACCCACCCCAGGUUAUUGACAUAAAGGGUGACACUAGGGCCAGGUUCCCACUGAAGAUGACGCAUGCUGACAACUACUGUUCGCAUAGGGUGGCUUUGGUAGGUGAUGCAGCUCAUACCACUCACCCACUAGCUGGCCAAGGUUUGAACAUGGGUCAAGGUGAUGUCGAAGCUCUUGUUGACGCCUUAGAGAAAGCUACACAAAGAGGUCAAGAUAUUGGUGCUCUAUUGAGCCUGGAACCAUUCUGGGCUGAGCGUUACGCUACUAACCAUGUGCUACUAAAUAUGGCCGAUAAACUAUACAAACUUUACCACACUGAUUCAGCACCUGUAGUAGCAUUAAGAAGUCUUGGCCUCGAUUUAACCAAUAACUUCCCACCUGUGAAGAACUGGAUUGUGAAGACUCUGACUGCCGACACUGAAUUUUGA